AAGUUUUGUGAGCCGUGCGUCAUGGGAAAGAUGACUCGUAGCUCUCAUCCCCCGUCAACGCACAAAAGUGAGUGUCCGUGUCCACUUGGCCUUGUUCGUAUGGACGCUUGCGGUCCGAUGCCGGUUACGUCGUUGGGUGGAGCCCGCUACAUCGCUACCUUCUACGACGAUUUUAGCAAAUAA